ACUGCCAGUCAGAAGCGCUGCAGGGCCCUUCCCGGAACCAGGUUACAGGCUUGGCUUUACAGCGAAGCUGGCGCCAUUGCAUUUAUUUGCUGUGCUAUUAGUGCUACUUCAGGGAUCUGUGAGGGGGCCAUUGGCGAGCAGGGAAGCCACAACAUGAAUGCAGUGACCUAUGAUGAUGUGCAUGUCAAUUUCACCUGGGAAGAGUGGACUUUGCUGGAUCCUUCCCAGAAGAAUCUCUACAAAGAUGUGAUGUUGGAGACCUACAGGAACCUUAGUACUAUAGGAUACAGCUGGGAAGACCAUAAUUUUGAAGAAUAUUAUAAAAGUUCUAGAAGACAUGAAAGUUAUCCUUACAGGUAUGAAAGAAGUCAUACUGGAGAGCAACCUUCUGAAUAUACUCAAUGUGUUAAAGCCUUUGCAUAUGACAAACAUCUUCAAAGGCAUGAAAGAAUACAUACUGGAGAGAAUCCCCGUGAAUGUAAUGCAUGUGAUAAAGUCUUUGUACAUCACAGUAGUCUCCAAAUCCAUAUAAGUACGUGUACUGGACAGAAACUCUAUGAAUGUGAUGAGUGUGGCAAAACCUUUGCUCAUUACUGUACUCUUCAAAUACAUAAAAGAAUACAUACUGGAGAGAAACCUUAUGAAUGUAAUCAGUGUGGUAAAGGCUUUACUUCUCACAGCAGUCUCAGAAUACAUAAAAGAACACAUACUGGAGAGAAACCUUAUGAAUGUAAUCAGUGUGGCAAAGGCUUUUCACAACUCAGUCAUCUUCAGAUGCAUAAAAGAACUCAUACUGGAGAGAAACCCUAUGAAUGUAAUCAGUGUGGUAAAAUCUUUGCACGUCCCAGUACUCUUCAAGUGCACAAAAGAACACACACUGGAGAGAGACCCUAUGAAUGUAAUCAGUGUGGUAAAUCCUUUGCUUCUCACAGCAGUCUUGGAACACAUAAAAGAACACAUACUGGAGAGAAACCCUAUGAAUGUAAUCAUUGUGGUAGAGCCUUUUCUCAUCACUGUACUCUUCAAAGGCAUAAAAAAACACAUACUGGAGAGAUACCCUAUGAAUGCAAUCAGUGUGGUAAAGCCUUUGCACGUCAGAGUGGUCUUCAAAUGCACAAAAGAACGCAUACUGGAGAGAAACCCUACGCAUGUAAUCAGUGUGGUAAAGCCUUUGCACGUCAUAGUAAUCUCCAAAUGCACAGAAGGACACAUACUGGAGAGAAACCCUAUGCAUGUAAUCAGUGUGGUAGAGCCUUUGCAGAACAAAGAAGUCUCCAAAUACAUAAAAGAUCACAUACUGGAGAGAAACCUUGUGAAUGUAAUCAGUGUGGUAAAACCUUUGUAUGUCAAAGUAAUCUCCGAAUACAUAAAAGAAGACAUACUUGAGCGAAAUCCUAUGAAUGUAUUCAAUAUGGGACUGUCUUUGCACAUCAAUGUCAUCUUCAAAGGCAUAAAAGUACACAUACUUGAGAGAAAUCCUAUGAAUGUAAUCAUUGUGGUAGAGCCUUUUCUCAUCACUGUACUCUUCAUUGGCAUAAAACAACACAUACUGGAGAGAAAACCUAUUAAUGUAAUCAGUGUUGGAAAGCCUUUACACACUACAGUGAUCUUCCAAUGCAUAAAAGAACACAUACUGGAUGUUAAAACAGCAUGUGGAAGUCACAGCUAUUGGGAACCUCUGGGAAAGAUACACCUUGCACACAUGGCAUCCAUGUGGAAAAUUAUAUUGGGGGAAGGGAGUAGGGAAGAGAGGGAAGAAGAGAAGAAAAAAGGUAAUAAAAGAAGAGAGGACAUGCACACUACCUUAUAACUAGAGAGAGAGGAAGGAAGAUAGAAGUAGAGGGAGGGUUUUUGUUUUUCUUAAAAGGGGCUUUACAUAAGAUGACAUGGUCAGGAUGCUGGGCAGGUUCUUUUUGAUAUUGGGAAAUUUAUUCACAGGUAUCAGUGUGUAUCAUAGCUAAAAACAAAGCUUUAAAAACUUCAUGUAGAUAAAAAAUAAAGAAUUGGAUGGUUAGUUAAAAUAAUUGUACUGGACUCUGAGAAGUCUAAAAGAUAAAUGUUUAACUGUUGAAAAGCAUGUGUUGUUUGU